AUGAGCGAUGUGCUGGCAUUUGAGGCCGAGCUCACGCUGAAAGUGGUCAGAUUCGGGAGCACGGUACUGUCAAAAAAUGCCACGGGUAGUGAAUCGCCACGACUUGCGACGUACAAGAUCCGAAUAGAGCCGAGUGUUCGAGCAAGUGCACCGUCUCCAAUAAUCGACGAGGUUACUGGUGAUGCCCUGGUCGAUAUCGCACACGAGGUCGAUGCCCUGGACGCGGAUAAGACUGGACAAAACGGCGUCGACUCUAGCAUGUUCAAGAGGGUGAGCGCGAAGGGCAUGUUCUUAUUGCAAGAGCUGGAGAGCUGUCCAAGCCGGGUUGCUUUUGGAUGCAAUGGUGACAUUCAUCCAGAUGGCGGCACAGUUAAGAGCGACGUUGCGCCACAGACGGCAGACGCUGGACAGUUCGAGGGCGGUGAUAGACUGGAGAAAGCGGGAGUCGCUUGA